AUGAUAAAGGAGGCGGUUGAGUUUAUGGAUGGUAUGCCGGUGGAGCCUCAGCCGGGGCUUUUGGGAGCGAUUGCGGGAGCCUGCAGGACUCAUGGCGAGCUUGAGCUCGGAGAGGAGGUGGCGAAGAGGUUGAUCGAGUUGGAGCCUAAGCACGGAGGGAGAUACGUCCUGUUGGCGAACAUUUAUGCGGCCGCGAGGAGAUGGGAUGAUAUGGAGAUGGUGAGGAGAAUGCUGAAGGAGAGGAGAGUUUCGAAGGUUGCGGGGAAUAGCUUGGUUGAGCUAAAGUCCGUCGGCGAUGAGAGCUUCAGUCCGUCGGGAACGAGAGUUGCAGGUUAG